GAAAAUGGCAGCGGAAAAAAGAGCAGCGCCUCACAAAGGCAUUUUAAAACACACUUCUUCUUUAGACAGACAUGAUCCACCACUUUCUCAGAUGGCUCAUCAGCUUAGCGAUGAACAUAGAAAGCAGAUGAAAUGGGAUGAAAUGAAUAUACUAGCAACAAACCACCCGCCAGACAAGGACUACGGACACAUGAAGAUUGAUGAACCACUGACUCCGUAUAGCAAAUACUCAGAUCCAGAGGAUGAAGAUAUGGAUGAACCUAGACGUGGCAGUAUUAGCAAAGAUAAUACAGAACUAGAUCCAACUUCACUGGCAGAAAAAUUAUCACAUACAGAGAAUACAACGUAUGCACUAAAAGAGGACAGCUCAGAAGAAUCAAAUAAUGAAGAAGAAUUCAUGGAUGAGCAACAGAAGGAGGAGCAUGCAAUGUUUGAGCAGAAAAGAAAACUGCACUACAAUGAGUUCCAGGCCGUACAGUUGGCGAAGCGGUUGAUGGCCGAAGAAGAAGAUGAUGAUGAUGAUGCAAACACAUCUGGAGGCAGUCAGCAGAAACACACAGUGGGAGACUCUGUUCCAAUAGACACUUGUAAUAUUGCAUUAGACGAACAUCCUUCCAUAACUACACACAACUCUUGCUGUUAUCUUUCCUAGGACUUACAUUGAAGAGCACUCAAGAAUCAUAUUAAUGAACAUAGUUUUACUCCAAGAUGCAAGACACUUCUUGUCAAAAUUGUUAUUUGGUAUGGUCUAAAUAAUAUUAAUAGCAGACAGUGGGUUACAUGGGCACAUUGUUUGUACAACAGUGUGCUGUCUUUGAUUCAUAAAGUGUCAUGUUAAGAAUAAUGUGGUUUUUAACAUGAAGAGUUAAUUUGCUAAGAGGGUAUUACUAUAAGUUUGGUUUGUGAAGACUUCAUAAUUAAUGUGUAUACUGUCUACUGGACUAAGUUAACAUUUUGGGGUUUUGUUUUUCGAUCUGACUAUGUCCAUUGUUGCUAAAUUAGCCAAUUGCAAAUUUUUAUACAAAGUGUUUAUAACAUUUAGUCUUUGGCUAACAAAAUACUCCUUAAAUUAACAAUUUUUUAUAACUUUUCAUGAAUAUAUUCUACAUAUCUGAUAAUUGGCUAAAUCAAAAUUUAUUCCUGUGUGGACCGUGUGUUUUGUAGGUUCACUGAAUUUUGACAACUUGGAAGUUGGUGUUACUUGUCGUAGUCUUCAUAAUAUUAUUAUUUUUUAAUUUAUUAUCAUUACAAAUGCCUGCAAUUGUAUUUUAGUGAACACAGUGCUCAGCAUGAAACAUGUGGUACUGACUCCCAGGGGGCAUUUUCCAAAUUAUGUCUGUGUGGAGGAUUGCUGUCGAAUUAUGCUAGAGAUAUGUUCAAAAUGGUACUGUUCAAAUAAUACAUGGUAUUCUAAAAUUGAAAUGAUGCACUCAGAAUGUUUUUGAAGCUGAUAAAAUGAUGUACGUUGUAACAGAUGAACAGUUUUCACAGAUGUGCGAGUGUUGAUGGAAUGACAGUUAACAUAGCUGAGCCGUGUGUCCAGGACAGCAUGCUUGAACCUUAAUUGGAUAUAAGCACAGAAAUACAUGUAACUUAAAAUGAACGAAUGAAAGGAGUAGCUUGAAAUAUAUGAUUGCUGCAGGUUUCCUUUCUAUCUAGAUCACUUGCUAAGACACCGAAUAGCCAUAGAUUGAAAUGUUUAUUUUGUUUAACAACAUCACUAGAGCCCAUUGAUUUAUUAAUCAUCUGCUAUUGGAUGCAUUGAUUUAUCAAUCAUAGGCUAUUGGAUGUCAAACAUUUGGCAAUUUUGACAUAUAGUCUCAGGGAGGAAACCCACAUUUUUCCAUUAUUAGCAAGGGAUAUUUUAUAUGCAAUCCCAAAGACAUGAUAGCACAUACCACAGCCUUCAAUAAACCAGUCGUGGUGCCUUGGCUGGGGAUUGUUCCUAGACUGACAGCUCAUUAGGCAAAAGCUUUACCACUGGACCUUCGUUUUCACUCAUCGUGGUGGUCAAGUGGCUUUUCAGUAAAGGGUUGUUCAUUGUUGAAUAGUUGUUUAUUGUUUAUGAUUUUCAAGACUUGCUUGUAAAACCAACAACCCAUUUGGGACCUUGAACAUUUGUUAGUUAUUGUUUAAUUUAUAAUAUAUAUAUUUUUAAUGAACCCCUUAUAGUACCAAUAACCCUAUUUGUCACGGUUUGUUAUUUGUUGUUUAUUAUUUAUAAUUUUGAUACACUGCUUGUAAUAUAUUAUAUUGUCAACAGUUUGUUGUAGUUGUAUAUGUUGUACAUUGUAAAUGUCUGUACAGAUCUUCCCAAGUCAUUCCCAUUUUGCAAUUUAUGUGUGCUAUAUGCUCCCUCCGUUGUUCCCAGCUAACAACUACAUGUACCUACAAGUUAUUAUUUUGCUUUUGUAGAUAGAUAACUAUUUAUAUCUGGCAUUUAAUUUUUUGUUUCUUUUUCUACAUUUUGUAAUAAAACAUAUAUUAUGUAACACUAACAGUGAUCAGUUUAAUUUAGUUAUGUAUAGACUUUACACUGAAUGUUUUACACAUUGAAUGAUAACUCAAAUAUACAGAAAUCAGGGCUUCUAGAAUUAAAAAACAAAAAAUCCACUAUGCAUGGGAUGAGUGAUUUUCAAAAUUAACAAACUAUGGUUAAACAUCCAGUAGCCCUACUUCUGCAUGUACAUUUUAGCUGGUGUUUUGGAUUUUGUUUUCCACUAGCCAUCAGGCAUUGUCUGAGUAAGAAUUUACUAGUCUGAUGGUACAAAACACUAGCCAUAGUAGUGAAGCUAGAAGCCCUGCCAAAACGGUCUUCACACAGACCUUCUUCACCGUAGAAUCACUUCACACAGACCUUCUUCACCGUAGAAUCACUUCACACAGACCUUCUUCACCGUAGAAUCACUUCACACAGACCUUCUUCACCGUAGAAUCACUUCACACAGACCUUCUUCACCGUAGAAUCACUUCACACAGACCUUCUUCACCGUAGAAUCACUUCACACAGACCUUCUUCACCGUAGAAUCACUUCACACAGACCUUCUUCACCGUAGAAUCACUUUUCUUCCAGUAUAAAUUCAACAUGUCUUAAAGCUGAAAUCUUCCUUCUCCACGUGAUACAUUAUUUUGGUUUGAAUAAUGCAAAAUACAAACACAAUUACAGUUCUAGGAACAUUAGACAUUUUCACUUUUAGUUUAGGUUUACAGAGUAUUCAAAAAUGUGAUGACAGACGUAUACGAAAGCAGUUGACUAUAACUUGCAGGGAUAAUUCACAUCUUUAUUAAAACUCUAGUUGUCUUUUUAUUUUGAAUUGGUACAUUACUACCUAUAAAUUAAUGUAAUAUGGUGAGACAAGAUUGUAACUUUCUUCUCUAUGACUCAUAAUUGUCUUCAUUAUGGAUUUCUAUAGUCCGCCUUGUUUAAUAUAAUCCUGUAUCGUAUGAUUGGCUCUUAUCAUAUGUUUGUACAGCUGGUGAUGUUUAAUAUAGUCAUGUGUACAGAUUUUCGAAGCUAUCUUAGCGCUACUAUAUCGUAGAACUAUCAUAGGUUGUGACACACGCCAUAGCCUACGACAGUUGUACGAUAUCGUAGUGCUAAGAUAUCUUUGAAAAUUUGGGUCCUGUAUUGUAUAUUACAUGUAUUUCUCAUUAUAGAUUUCGUACACUUGCUGAUGUUUAGAAAGGUGCUACAGUAAAAUAUUUUAGACCGAGUCUCAUGCACGUAUAUUCUGUGAUCAGUUUUAUACUGUGUGUAUAACAUGACAACUUCAAUAUAGCCUAGGCUUUAGUUAGUUACUUGAUAUAUUUACUAAUACACAAUGUAAUGAAUGCACUUCUAACUGAAUAUACUCGCUAUAUAAAUUAAUUGUGGUCUUUGUGAAAUAGCCAUUUUGUUUUACAAAUUAAUUGAUAGAUAUGUUGUCUAUGUAUAAGUAUAUAAACUUGGACAAGUUUAUUACUUUAAUUUACUUUGGAAACUUUUUUUUUUUUUAUAUAUGUUACUGAUUGUAAUACAUGUAAUAAUUGUCAAAGGAGUGUUAAUACAUCAAGACUAUUCAUUCUGAUGCCUUUGUUUACCCAUGUUUUUCUUUGAUUGUUGUUACUAUAAGCACAAAUCCACAAAUUUUGAAAUGUCACACAAAAAAAAAACGUUUUUAGAAGAUGUAGAAUCUUGAUUGGCUUAGUGAUUUUAGGGAAGAUUGCCGUAUAUGAAAGGCAGGUUAAGUGUACUUUUGAAUGUUAUGGGGGCCAUUUUUUAAUGUUGCACCCUGUCCCUAGAAAAACCUCCAUUUUGCCCCAGUAUUAUUAUGUGCUGUAGAGUUGUGGCACUAUUGAACUCCCUGAAUGCGUAAUAUCACCUUGUUCGGUAAGGCAGUUAUGGAACAGUGUCUGUGAUGCCAGAAGAUGACAGUGACUUAAGUUCUGAAUCAAGUAUUUGACCAGACAUGGACAGAAUUACCAAAUAAUUGACAUCCAAUAGCCGAUGAUUAAUAAAUCAAUGUGCUUUGGUGGUGUCGUUAAACAAAACAUACUUAUUGACCAGAACGGGGGGGGGGGGUUCAUUCCUGAGUUUAGGCCCAUACCAUGGAUGAGUGCAUAUGAACCCAUCCAUGGCAGAAAAUCGUUUAAUAACACCAUGAUUAUAGUGUUAAAAUUUUAUUUAAACCAUAUUUCGUGUAUGCAUAUGGGGGAAAAUGCAUUAGACCCAUCUGGCAUAAACAUUAUUGGGCACAGCUUAUGGAACUGUUUUGUUCUUAAAUGCAGGUGUUUAAGCAUUGUAAAUGUGUGUAGUUACAUGCAUGUAAGAAAAAAACAAGCUUCGUAAAUUUGUCCCUUAACGAUUGUGCACACAAGCCUUUCCCCCCCCCCCCCCCCCAGUGAUAAAUUCUAGAACAAUCCUGACGAUGUAAAAUAACAUAUACGUGUAUGAUUGUAUAGACAAUAAUGAAUAUUAGUACAUCUUGAAUCAUUAAAAUGUUUAAAUAUCCUUGAUGACUGCUUAAAAUGUUUGUCGAAUUGACAUAUCUCUUCCUGAUAGGUUUUUUUAUUUUUAUUAUUAUUUUAUUUUUAUCCAUCGGAUGAAGUUGGUGUAUUGGUUUAAUGUUAUCUAUAGUCAUUGUGAUAUUAAACCAUAUAGCCUGUGUAAAGUCCAUGUACUGGUGAUAUAGAAUACUGCAUGGCUUAUAAUUAGUGUCAUUUUUUAAUGAAUGAAUAUAUUUUUAAAAGGAAUUUCAACAAGUGAAAGUGAUGUAGAUGCCAUUUUUUUUUAAUGUGCGAGUUAAUAAAAAUGGUGUGAACUGAAA